AUAAAGAUAAAAGUUUCAGAUCCAGAGAAAGUCGGUGAUGGCAUGAGUGCUUUUAUGGUCUACAGAGUGUCAACUACGACAUCACUACCAUCAUUCAAAAGUCCAGAAUCUGUUGUCAAACGAAGAUUUAGUGAUUUCCUUGGUCUUCAUGUUCGUUUGGCUGAGAAGCACCUACCAUAUGGAAGAAUUGUACCUCCUGCUCCAGAGAAAUCAGUAGUUGGGAUGACAAAAGUGAAAAUGUCCAAAGGUGAAGAAAGUGCUCCCGAUGCUUUUAUUGACAGAAGGAAAGCUGCACUCGAAAGAUAUCUCAACCGUACAGCAAGACACCCGGAACUUAGAGAAGAUGCUGAUUUCAAAGAAUUCCUGGAAGCCGAAACACUGCCAAAAGCCACCCAGACUGCAGCGUUGAGCAAAGGGGGUUUCAGCAGACUGGUGAAAAACGUCGGGGAGGCUGUUUCAAAGAUGACAAUGAAAGUGACAGAAAACGAUCAGUGGUUUGAAGAAAAACACAAUCAGAUUGAGACACUGGAGCAGCAAUUGAAAAAACUACACAUGGCUUGCGAAACAAUGGUAACACUUAAGAAAGAUGUUGUAACAAAUACUACAAAUUUUGCAAAGAGUGCUUCAUUGUUGAGUAGCUCUGAAGAACAUACUGGUUUGUCAAGAGCGUUGAGUCAAUUAGCAGAGUUGGAAGAAAAGAUGGAACAACUUCACCAUGACCAAUCAAACAUAGAUUUCUUUUUGCUUUGUGAAUCACUCAAAGAGUAUCUUGGGUUGAUUUUGGCUGUCAAGGCAAUUUUCCACCAAAGAAUGAAGGUCUACCAAAAUUGGCAAUCUGCUCAAGCUACUUUGACAAAGAAACGAGAGAUUCUUGUGAAGCUAGAGUUAGCCGGAAAGCAAGAGAAGAUUCCAGCUGCACAGGAGGAAGUCAAAGAGUGGGAGAGAAAAGUAGAGAAAGGGCAAGAGGAGUUUGAGCUAAUUUCAAAAACAAUUCAAAAAGAACAUAAACGGUUUGAGGUAAGCAGGGUUAAUGAUUUCAAGGAUCUUAUCAUAAAAUAUCUGGAAUCUAUGAUGGAAUGUCAACAAAAGAUGGUUAAGUACUGGGAAGAAUACCUUCCAGAGGCAAAGGCCAUCGCAUAAUCAACUUGGGUAAAUUGUAGUGGAAUCAUUUGCAGAAUGAUUGCUGUUGAUUGACUUUGAUUAAGAUCACUCAGCUGAAAUCGCCAAUAGACACAAGCAUAAUCACAAAUUUAGACUUUUUAUAGAUAAUCAAACAGUACCUGAUAAUUUUUUUUUCAAAUUCAAAAUCUUUUCCACCAAGCCUUGUAGAAUUUGUUCAUGCAUUAUUGUGUCUAAAUAAAGUUGCUGCAGCUUUGAACUAUCAAAAUAUUACAACCAAGCGAAGAGAUUGUAUCCUAGAAUCAUUAAAUUAAAACCUCAUGAUCAAAGUUAUUGGUAACUCAACCCUUUUGUCUUUUGACAUUUGUCUUCUGUCCUUUGAUAUUUGUCCUUUGUCCUCUGCCAGUUGAACCUAACUUGUCAUUAAUGAUCCAAAAUGGUAGAACUAUUUGUAAAGGCUCAAUUACAUGUUCAUAGUAUUUUAGCUCUUUAAGCUUAACUAACUGAUAUACAAAUGCAACAUUUGAAAAUCGUAACUUCAAAACUGAAUCAUCUUUACCAUAGCAGAUAAUGCUGUCCUGCACAUUCUUACCUGACAUCACAGUUUUCACACUUAAGAGUAUUAUAUAUAAUUGUUUCUACAUAAGCUUUCCUAUUCAUAAUUACUGUAUUAAUUUUAUCUUUUUGUAUUAAUUGUCUGAAUUUAAAUUGUUGUAUUUACCUGGUCAUAAGAGUUCAA